AUGAAAUCGGCGGCAAGUUCGGAGGAUGUCGUUCGUGUCACUGAAGAUCUAUCCGAAUGCCGAAAUCGGUUGGAUGCUGGGAUUGAGGAGAAUCGGAGGAAUCGGCAGGUUAUCCAGGAUAUUAAUGAUCAGCUCCAACGCUUCCGCCAAAGAGCAAACGCAGAAUCAAUCGAGUCUUUCAAUCUGACCCCCAGCCCCGAUGUGACAUUAUCAUCACUUGCUCAUCCAGGACUCACACAUCUUCACAAUCAGACAAACAUUUCCAUGCCUUCUCUAACCAUUGACAUUCCGUUGAACUCCAAUGCCAUGAUUAGUUCAUCUAGAACCCCAAACUAUGCGAUUAAUGGGUUAAGAAAUCGACACAAAAGUCUAGUAGGGCAUAGGUAUCGGUCGACGAGCCCGAUCGGAGAUUAUGGAAGACAUCGAAGCAGUCCAAGAGUUUUGGCUCAUUAUAAUUUGGAUGGUGCAGAUAUUGGAGUUGGAGAGGAGAAUUUGGACGAACUUUUUGCAAAGUUGAAAGAGGAAUUGUUCAAAAACAACACACUGGAAGAGGUGAAUGAGAUGCUCCGAGAAGAAAAUGAUGCAGCACUAGCUGCAAAUGAGCAUUUAAGAGUUGAUGCUACUAAUUUGAGCAGACAACUACAGCAAUUACAACAGCAGCAGCAUACAGAGUCGAUGAGAUUUCGGUCGGAGAAUACGCGCUAUCGAAAUCAAACGGAGACCCAACACAGAAAGCUGAUCAGUCUUUGGAAGGAGUUCACCGCUGUCAAGCGUCAGCUCCACGAGUUGCGCACAACCACCGCCAACGAUUUGGACAGACAAUUGACCGAAUUCACGCGGUGUGCAACACUUAUGCGAAAAGCCAUUCGCCACGCCGAGCAAAAGAAUCUCGACCAGAAGGAACAAAUGAAACGAGAAAAGGACGAUGUACUCGAUGAGACACUUCGUCAGCUCAACUCUGUCACUGAGAAUUAUAUGAAAUCAGAAGAAAAAGCAAACGAACGGCAGCGAGAUUUGAAGAGAAAAGAGGACGAAUGCAGGAAGCUCCGCGAGCAAAACGACGAGCUCUCGGAUAUUCUCGAACAACUUUCCAAAAUGGCUCACGAAAUGGCUGGAGGCAGAGGAAGAAACGAAACACCAAUGGAUGUGGCACGUAAAAUGCGGAAGCUGCUGACCACCAAGAACGGGGAAAUCGAUGAAUCAAGGGAAGCAGCGAAGCAGGCAGAAAAGGAAAGAGAUCGUGCAAAGAAGGAUUUGGAAAAAGAAGAGAAACGAAGAAAAGAUGACAGAGAAGCAGAGAGAAAACGAUCAAGUGUCUAUUCACAGAGAGAACAUGACCUGAAAAAGUUGGAUGAUGAGUUGAGGAAGGCCAGUGAAAAGAUCCGGAAUCUCGAGGAGCAACGGGAGAGCCAGGAAAAACUCACCAUAUCAGUUCAGAACUCAUUGAAUGAAGCACACAGGCAACACAAACAGUUUAUUGAGGAAUUGAUGAUUCGGCAUCGAGAAGAACUGAAAGAGCGGGAGGAUUCUCACGAGGAAGCGUUACGUUCCAAAGAUACCGAGGAAAGAUCUCGAUUUGAAAAAGAACGUUCUGAACGGGAAAAGAUUAGACGAGAAAGUGAUGAGCUCAGAGAGACGCAGAGAAGUUUAAAGGGUGACGUGGCGGCGAUGAAGACAGAUUUGGAUGAUAAGACUUUAAGGCUUGACAUGCUCGAAACAGAACGGGAUGAGCUCAAAAAGAAACUGGAAACCGAAAGAGAGCAGGCUGAUCAGAGAGACUUGGAGAUAGCAGAGUGUCGAGCAAAGCUUGAUGAGAUGGCUGAGAAGGAAGCGGAGCUCCGGAAAGAGCUCGCAGAGUUCCAGGCAAUUAUCACUGCGAUGGAAGGAGAAGGAAAGCUGAAUCAAGAACAGUUUUUGGAGAGUAAGAAUGAGUUGAACACGCUGACAGAUCAAAUUGAAUCUUUGAAUAGUGAGGUGGAGAAUAAGAAUGAGGAAAUUCGAAAUUUGAUGGCUACACUUCAAGAAAAAGAAGUUCACAUUCAAAACGUCCGAACAUCAAGUCAUCAGUUGACUGCCACAUACGAAGAGGCUAACGGGGAAAUCGAUAUUUUGAAGGCUGAACUUACCCGGCUCCACGAGCAAGUCAAUGAGAGGACUCGACAGAUCUCCGAAGCUAAUGAGAAGUAUGAUGAUGCAGCUCGGAAGAAUGACGCAUUGCUCGAAGAUGUCGCCACGUGGCAAGAGAAGUAUGAGCAGUUGAAGAUGGAGCUGGAAGAAAUGAACAGAAGAGGACAGGAGAAGGAACGAGAAGAAGCAGAUCUUCGAGCAUUACUUGAUGAUUUACGUGGAAACUUUGAUAAGUUGACUAAUGAGCUGAAGCAGAAGGGUGUUACUGUUGAUAGCUUGAAUGAAGAAAUUUCAUCGUUGAAAGAACAAUUAAACAAGUCAGAAAAGGAGAGAAAAGAAGAACUGUUAAGGAUGGAAGAGCUUGAACAGAAAAAUGAAGCGGAAAUGAAAGAAGAGUAUGAAGUAAAGUUACAAUUGGCUGAGAAGGAUCGUCAAGGAGUUGAGAAUUUUGGAAAAGAAUGUGAAGCGAGAAUGAAUGAGCUCACGAAGAUCCACGAGAUGCUAAUGGAAGAGCACGAUCAGUUGAAAGUGGAUCAUCUGCACACGGAAGAAGAAGUGGAGAGGUUGAAAGAGAAAAUGAGAAAGGAAUUGGAGAAGUUGAAUGAGCAGAAUGAUGGUGAUCGGGCGGAAUGGAGUAAUGAAAGGAAUCGGCUGGAAUCAUCCAAAAACGAAGCAGUUACGGAACUUCAAGAACGAGUGCAGAAGCUUGAGGAUGUGGUGAAGGAGAAAGAAGAUAAGGAAAUUGCUCUUCGUAGGGAUUUAGAAGACAGCCAUGAGAAAUCAAGAGAUCUUGAUGACAAGCUUCGAAAAAUGGAGUUGACAGAUGAGGAGAAAGAGGAAGAUCGGAAGAAGGAACAGAAGACAUUGAAUGAAGAGAGGAUGAAACUCAUGGAACAGAAAGAAGAAGCAAUGCUUGUUGCUACAAAACAUGCAACAACGAUUGAUCAACAGACUCGAAGAAUUUCAGUGUUGGAGGGUGACGUGGAAAAGCUGACGGCUGGAAUUGCGGAGAGAGAAAGUUCGAUUAAUGCUUUGGAAUCGAAUACAAUGGAGCUGAUAUCCAAGCUGGAAACUACUGAAGCAGAACUUGAAAAGCUGAAAGACGAGCUUGCAGUCAUGCUGAAACAAAACUCGGAACUCAAAAAUGGAAAAGAGGGGUUGAGUGAGAAGUGGAAUGAGGAGAGGAAGAAGAUCCAAGACUUGGCAGAUCAAUUGAGAGAGGCUAACAAAGUUGUUCAUAAUAUGAGAAUGAAGAAUGUUAAUCUAGAAGAAAAGAAGAAUGAAUUGGAUCAGAAUGUGACUGAUUUGACCAAUAAAGUUCGACAAUUAGAGAUUCAGUUGAUGGAUAAAGCUGCGAAGAACGAGGUUUCAGGAGAUUUGCUCAGAAAGAUGGAGCAUGAUGCUCAGAGUAUGCUGAAGCAAGCACAGAAUGAGCAGUUUAGACUAACUGAUCUUGAAAAAGUUCGAAAAGCUCUUCAAGAUGAGAAUCAACGGCUUGUAAAUGAUCUGGCAACAGUGAAAGCUGCAUUUGAAGUCAAGAGAGAAACGAGCAAAUCUGCAAUCAGUGACAUUUUGGAUAAGUACCGGAGUGCUGAGGAGAAGGCCAAUAAGGGUGAAUUGGAUAAUCAGAGGCUUAGAAGUGAUCUGGCUACUGUGACAUUAAAACUGGAACGUCAAGAACUGAAAGCAAAAGAUUCUGAUAAUCGACUGAGAGAUAGCCAAAAACGAUUCGAAGAAGUUCAAUCAAAACUUGCAAAUCUUCAGAAAUCAGCAGUAGAAUCCUUACAAAAUCCUAUGUCUUCGAAUUCCCGCCAAAAUCGGUCAAUCUAUGUUGACAUUCCACGUGCAGCUUCUUCGAUCGGCCUCAAUGAGAAUUCUGAUGAAGUCCCGCUUCGCAGUUCCCCCUCAGUCCGUUUUGCAGACAGCUCACAGAAUAUGCAAAGAGCAGUUGACUCUAUGGAUGUGAGUUCUUCAGUUGGAGUUACACUUCGGUUUUUGAAAGAAAGAAUCGAACAGUUGGAAGCAGACAAUGCAGAUUUAUCAGAUGCUCUGGAAAAGGCAAAAGAUGAGCUGAGGCAGAGAAAUGAGAAGCUGGCGGAUAGGCAAAUGGUUAUUGAGAGAGUUGAGAGACAAUUGGUUCAUAUUACUGAAGAACGCAAUACAAUUGAAAAUCGAAUGACAAGUCAGCGUCAAAUGUAUCUCACAAAUGAGGAAUCAUCACGAUCAAGAGAACAUGAAAUCAGAAGUAUGAAAGCCAGAAUUUCAACUUUAGAGCUUCAUCUUCGAGAAAAAGAAUCUAAACUUGCACAUCUACGAAAAGAAAUUGAAGUACUUCAUGGUCAGCUUCAUGAUGCUCUCGAAUCAAAGGAAAAGGCUACUGGAUUGGUUGGAGUUCAAGAUUCAAAGCAUCGAGACUUAGAAGAACAACUCGAUCGAGCAAAUCGUGAACGAGAAUUGGCAAUUGGGAAGCAGAGAAGAACUCUUGCAGAGAACGAGAAUCUGUUCCGGAAGCUUGAACAAUUGGAAAAGGAAAGAGAGCAGCUUAUGCGAGAGAUCACAGAUGAACGGAGGCUCAACGAGCGGAAUCGCACAAGUCUUGAAGAACUUCGAGUCUCUGAAAGAACAUGGAAAUCAGCCAUGACAACUGCCAAAAAACCAGCUGAGGAGCAGGAACGGGCGGUGCAGGAGCAACGGAGAUGGGAAGAGUCAAAUCAUGAAAUGACGAAUAGAAAUACUGCAUUGACAAAAGAAUGUGAUAGAUUACGAGUUGAAAUGAGAGAUCAACUCAACAGAAUGAACGGGAUCAAUUUGAGAUCAGUAGAUUUCGAGAGAAAGAAUGAAGAGCUUUCAAGUAAACUGAUUGUUAUGCAAAAUACAGUAACUGCGAUGAAAAAGUUCGAGGAAGAAUGGAAGAGGUUGGAGGCGGAGAUGAGAGCAGAACUUAAGAUUUUGAGAAAAGAAAAGCUCAUGCAAACUGCUGAAAUUGAGGAUUUAAAGAGGAAAAGCUUCAGAAGUGACACUGAAAAGAAGGAGAUCGAGGGUAUUCGAGUAAGGUUGGAAAGGGAAAUCAGUGCACUUAAGAGACAUGUUGAUGCGCUAGAAGAAGAGAAGGGAAAAACUGAAAAGGCCGUUCGAGAAACCAUGAACGAACGUCGUGCCAUCGACAAAUCUCUCGCGUCAAUGGAACGAGAAAAUCAACAGUUGUAUAGGAAUUGUGCUCAACUUCAAGCUCAAAUUCAGAAUCUGGAGCGCGACGCCGGAAAUCGGUCGGUAACCAAGUUGGCUAAGGAGCAUUCAUUGCUCGAAGCUCGAAUUGCAGCUUUAAUUGAAGAAAAACGUCAGCUCCAAUCAAUGCUUGACCAAAAAGACGCCAACUACUCUCACAAGCGAAAACUCUUAGAAUCCCAAAUCCAGUUGCUCCGCGAGCAACUCGAAGCCGAACGCCGAAAGCGUACAAAGGGAGUUGUGGCGACUGGUCCCACCGUUAGCCGACGGGGCGUUCAGCACACAUCUGCCUUUAGGGUAUGAGAAAAAACCAUUGAUUGUCUAGUUCAAAAUUCAGAACUAGCUCCAGUAAAAUAAUUUCAAAACGAAUUUGAAGUUUUUAUUCCAAUUCUAAAAUUUUUUAAUUUUUUUUAACUGCAAAAAAAGUUCAAAGGCAUGAUUCAAUUUCACUUAUUUAGUUUCAUUUCAGCUUAUUGUUUUAAUUUUAAAAUUUUCUUCCUACAGUAACCCUUAACUACCGUAAUCCUGCCAUGUCCAUUGUCUGUGUCCCUUGUCUUUCUCCCUUUUUGUUUAUACAUUGCCAACUAAUUUUAUUUUAGCUUUAAUACUAAUAAUAAUAUUAUUUAAAACCAUAUCUAGUCCAUAAUUUCCUAGUCAUUUAGAUCUCAUCCAUCUCCCCCGGUUGUCAUUCCCUAUUGAACCCUGUCCUUUUUCCACUGAAAUCUUCAAUUCUUAUGUGUUUUCCUGUUUAACUAGGUUUCGCAUUUUUUUUACAUUUCUUUAAAACUAAUUCGUAGUAAUAGAUGUACCAUUUAAUAUAUCUCUUUCCAUUUGUUUCAAUAAUGUGUCUUUUGCAACAAAAAAAACAUAAAUGCUUU